GCACCGAGGUUUUACAACGCGCAUGUGUAAUUUUUCUAAACGAAACAGUCUAGCCAGCUAAAUUUGAGGUGCUUUUUUAUAGAAGUUAAAUUCGUCUCUUAUCGCGGGAUAAAAUUAUUGUCCGCUGAUGUAGAUGUUUAUCUUUUUAGGGAUUCAAAACUCUGUGACGCCUAGAAAAAUCUAUUCUCUGUUCACUUUACUCUCACCAAUAGAAUAAUUUCGAAAUAUUCGCAGUUUGUUACUCCAUAACCAUGCCAAUAUCGAUUCACAGGAAUUGAUAUUAUAAUUUAACCAAAAAUUUAUGCCUAUUAUUAAUUAUUUCAGAGUAGACAUUCUACGGUCAUAAUGGUGAAAAUAGCACUGCAGAUUACGUGUAGACUCGACAAUAUUGAGGAACUGAGGCCAUCGGGAUCUGAGUUCAGGUGGUGCCUGAAGUUUACUUGUUGCAACUGCGGAGAGACAUCAGACAAGUGGAACUACAUCUCCGCAGACGAUCCGGUACGUCCAGCAGUUCGAGGCAGUGGCGUCAGUCACUUUGUGAGCAAAUGCAAGCUCUGCUCCCGGGAAAACUCUAUGAUGAUAAUAGAGGACUCUAUCCAGUCUUUCACCCAGGACGAUCAAGGACAGUUUAAGACAAUUGUCAUAUUCGAUUGUCGAGGAAUAGAACCCUCUGACUUCUCUGCGAGAGAAGGAUGGGUGGCCACGGCUGUCGAGGGAGGUAAGGAGUUUGAUGAGGUAGAUUUGAGCGAAGGUGAAUGGGAGGAUUACUGCGACAAAGUUAUGCAACCUGUUGGAAUAUACGAGAUCAAACAUAAGUUUGAGAGAAUUAAGUAGAUACAUGCUUUGGAUAUACAGCAUAUACACAUUUCAAUUGCCUAAAUUUCCUAAGAAUUGCUUUCUUGUCACUUAAUGAUAUAAAGCGACAUAUCUGUAGAAUGUAAAUAUGUAAAAAUUACGAUUUUCACGCUUCUUUAGCAUUUAUUGUGCAUAGAUUAUUAAAAAUAUGUAUAAUGUAUAACGUAUGAAGUAUAUUAAUAUAUAUAUAUAUAAAAUAAUAUCCUCGUUGGAUUUCAUUAAAUUGUGUUAAUCUCUGGGCUAUAGACUAUUUGCGAUUUCCAUCAAUAGGCCACUCUGUGUAUCUGCGUCUGUAAUUAAUAAAUUAAUAUUAGAAAAAUAAUUAAAUCUAAUUUUAUCAAUCAUAUAGAUAAUAAUUUUGUUCUAUCGAUUCUAUAGAAAAUUGCAUCCUGCUGUUCAUGCCUCUGUAUAUAUAUGAAUGUAAGCAUAUCACUAAAUAUGCACAUUUAUUUGAAAUAGAUGCAAGUUAUUUAACAUGCACCAUUUAAGCAAGCAUAGUUUGCAAAAAUGUAAUAAAAAUAGCAUUUUUUAUAACUUGAAAUAUUUUUUCUUUUCUUAUAUCGAAAAUACACACUAUUGGGUGAUGAUAUCAUAACGAAAAUACCUUUCAUUCUCUUUUAUCGAGGUAAAAAGUAAAAGCAGAACCAAUCUAACGACAUAAUAUAAUUUAUUCAUAAUCAUAUAAAAAAAACCAUUUUAUUUCAUAAAUGGCUUAGAGUACAUAAGAGAUGUUGUUUGCCAACAAUAAUUCCAUUUUUCCUCCAAGCACGUUCUUAAUAUGGUUGCCAACAUAUACCCUGCGUAAAUAAUCGAAUGACUAGUGUGUCACUUGCGGCAAGGGCAACAUUUGGAACUGUGCAGAUUUUCACCGAUUUUCACAGAUUAAUCCAGACAAUAAUUGCCUCUUCCAGCGCCAGACGCAAACUGUUAUUGGAAUGUCAAUAUGACCAUAUGAAACUCAUCGAACUUAUGACAACACGAUAUAUUAAUUCGUCUUACGAUUAUAAAAGUAAAGUAUGGUUAAAAAUUAUGUUUUUUUUUUUUUAUAUAUAUACAGUUUCUUUUUUUCAUGUAUAAAACUUUCGAACAACUUUCCUCACUUAACGAUAGUUAAGUCUAUCGCGUUAAGACUUUCGUUCGAAGUAACUCCUGCAAUUCGUCUUCACAAUAAGCUAUAUAAACGAAAAUCACGUUCUUCGAAUGAAAAUCAUCGAGACGUACGUACGAAAAUGAAUUACAAAUUACGAUUCAGAAAAAAUGGAGAGAAAAAACAAUGUGUGUAACUUCGUUUACUCGACGAUUGCCUAAUGCACUACUAAUGCUACUGCCGCUAUACUUGUCUAAUGCUUUCAUCAUUUACUACGCUUUCUAAUAUCUAACACAAAUAAAUAUAUUGCGCGCGCGUCUUACAAUAUCCGUCAUUUCUCGGAGAAUCUUUAACAUAUAAAUCACAUGUAUAAGUAAUCACUAAAAAUUUUUAAUCUAACAAUCGAUAACACUAUCAGUCUAUUCUCACAAAAAUAUCACUAUGACCGAAAAUAUCGACGAUAUAACCAGAGUCUAAAAUUACGAAUCACAAUUCAACGAAUAAAUAAGACAAACUUUUAAAACAUUGCAUUAAAAGAAAUAUAUACUUUGUUUGCUUAAAACUAACAUCAAUUUGUUUGAAUUGCUUAAAAACAAUUUUUAGAAAAAAAAAAAAAAA